CCAACACACUGAAAAUCAACAUGGCGAAUAUUCGGUGUGUCAAGGGUAUGGUCGGCCUGGUGACGGGCGGUGCGUCCGGUUUGGGUCGGGCCACUGUGGAGCGUCUGGUCCAGCACGGAGCGUCUGCUGUGAUCCUGGACCUGCCCUCCUCUGACGGACCGGAGCUGGCAGCCAGUCUGGGGGACCGCUGUGCCUUCGCUCCAGCAGACGUGACCUCGGAGGCAGACGUGCAGUCGGCCGUGUCCCUGGCCAGAGAGAAGUUCGGGAGGUUGGACCUGGCAGUUAAUUGUGCCGGCAUCGCCGUCGCCGCGAAAACCUACAACUUCAAGAAGGACGUCCCUCACAGCCUGGAGGACUUCCAGCGCGUAAUCAACGUGAACAUUGCAGGAACCUUUAAUGUGAUCCGACUCGCUGUGGGUGAGAUGGGAAAGAACGAGCCUGACGCAGACGGACACAGAGGCUGCAUCAUUAACACGGCCAGUGUGGCAGCCUUUGACGGGCAGGUCGGCCAAGCAGCAUAUUCAGCCUCUAAAGGUGGUAUUGUUGGAAUGACGCUCCCCAUCGCACGAGAUCUGGCACCCAUGGGCAUCAGAGUCCUCACCAUAGCACCAGGUCUGUUCUCCACUCCCCUCCUGGCUAGUCUUCCAGAGAAGGUACGCUCAUUUCUCGCCCGCCAAGUGCCCUUCCCGUCACGCCUGGGAGACCCCGCAGAGUUUGCCCACCUGGUGACAUCACUGGCUGAGAACCCCAUGAUCAACGGCGAGGUCAUCAGACUGGACGGAGCCAUUCGCAUGCAGCCCUGAGUCUGCGGGGGCCACGUCCAUCAUCACCUUCAUCGUUUUUAUGUCUGAGUGUGUGAGUGUGUGUGUGUGUGUGUGUGUGUGUGUGUGUGCGCGCGGCUGCCUGGUGUAAUGAUGCUGUAGAAAGCUGCAUACGGUCAAUAUAAACUGCGAUGGAUUACGAACACAAUUUUAUUAACAUUUUGUGUGCGAAUGUGAGAGAAAGUGUAUAAAAUGUCUGUAAUUCAUUGGCAGCGUUGGGGUACUUUAUGCACUCCACUACGGUUGUUUUGUAAUCCAGAUUAUAAUAAAUCUCAGACUGGUUUGAUUGCUCAGUCCAA